AUGCCAUCGUUUGGGCUUUCUGUCUUCAUCCUGGGUUUGUUUGUGGCUUCUGUCACAGCACAGACGACACUCACAGUCGCAACGCUUUCCACAGCUUCAGUGCAAACUGACAGUGUCAGUAGUGCUUCCCCCACUAUUAGCACACCCGAUGGGACCACCAGCUCCAGUAUCAGUAGUACCCUCAGCACCAGUAUCCCCACUAUAAACAGUGCCAUGGACACCACCAAGGGCAACAGCACCAUGUCAUCGUCAACGACAGAGGCUGUUAACACAACAAUGCCCCAGACGAUGCCACCUAAACCCACUGCUCCGCCUAAAGGACCAACUACUAUCGAAAACACCACUCCAGAACCAAAACCUACACUACCUCAACCACAAUCAGGAGGUGACAUCACUGGUAUUAUCAUCCUCGUUGUCAUCAUCCUUGUGGCUAUUGUGUUUGGGGUCGCCUGCUACUUGGCCCGGAAGAGAACAAGGCGCUACUCUGUUGACUUCACCUCCAGACCGGAUGAAGCCAACAUCCCUCUCAGCACCAUGGAGCCUGACCUACCCAUUGAUGCUGUACCUCAGAAUGGCCUGCAAACCUUUGAAAGUACAGAAGUUAUUACAAAACAGCCAGAAGAACCAGAGGCAAAAGCUGAAGUACAGGAGGAGCAGAAAGCUGAAGCUGAUAAACCUGCCACCGAUCCCCCCGCUGAGUCUGCAGCUCCACCGCCGUCUCCAGACAUCUCUGAGGACAAACCUAAAGAGGACGCCGCCGAGAAGAGUCCUCCUGCACCUGUGGAGCCGAAUGUGGAGGAGAAAACUGAUGACGAGGACGCCGCCUCCAACAAGACCUCAGUGGAAUCGCUGAAGGAGGCAAAUGAGAACAACAGCAACAAUGCUGACUUCAGAGAUCUGAAGAAGAGCAACACCUUCUGGGACGUUCCUCUUGAUUGUCCGGUGUGAGACACAUCUCUGCUCCUCUGCUGUUCUUUAGGAACUUGAAUGAAGAAGUGACCGGAGUCUAAAAGGACACAUCUGUUUAAACUGUGUGAGCUCUAUUUGGCUGUUGCCUCCUCUUUGGAUUUUUUUUUGUAACAAAGCAGCUUUUAUAAAGUUAAAUGUCAGCUGAGCUCAGCUUUUUAAGAUUUUUACUGAUAACGGAGUCACAAUUUAUAGAUCUAUAGACCAAUUGUCAUUAUUUUUGUGACUAAAAUAACACUUUAUUCCCCCACGUUCAGCCUUUAUGAACAGUAAAUAAAUGGUUUCUAAUAUACUAUGAUGUUAUUAUAAGCAGACAUGUAGGUGUUUAUUUAUUAAUAUUAUGUAAUGUAUAUUAAUAUAUUUGUCAACAACUGUUGUUACUAAUAGAGUAAAAUACAGGUGUAACUAGACCAGACCUAGGCCAAAUCUUGCAAUGUUAGUAAAGGUUACAAAUAAUUUGUAUAUCUGCCCCUGAAAAAUAGAAAAACAAACCAAAAACAUAAUCUCUUUGGUGGAGGUUAUCAUAUCAAAUACUUCUUAAUUGCUUACAAAUACUAUACAAUAAUAAACACAAAAUAGCUCCUUAUAGCUGCAUACAGCUACAUCAUAGUGUGUUUGAACCAUCUUCUUCUUCUUAUAAAUACUACAUAGGGGGACAUGAACUAAGUACUUUGCAAUACGGUACAAAGGUUUUUAGUUUUUUUUAACUUAUUAGUGAUCUUAUUAAUGGCCAGUGAAUAAUGUAAAUAAAUAAAUGUUUUUAAAAUGCAAAAUGUUUGUAAAUACAAGCCUUGGCAUUGUUUAUCCACUGCCUACUCCCAAAUCAAAGAUGGCCUUAAUUGUGGACUUUUUCCUGUUUUUUGUUAAUAUUUUUGGAAUGCAUGUGUAGGAUUUAAUAAAAAUAAGAAUAAUAUAUAAAUAAAGAAGAUAAAAUAGGGUUUAAAAAUUUGAAUCAGUGUUUUUGUAUCAAUUUAGGAUGCAAAUUUAUGUUAUUUGUGUAGACGCUGCAUUGUGCUUUUCCAUGCUGUUAGUAGUAUCAAAGUUUCCGUUAAAUGCUGAAAAAAAAUUGCUAUAAUGUGAAAAAAAAUUGCUAUGAUGUGAAUGUCCUUUGAAUGUAUUAAAAAAAGUAUUUUAACUUUUUCCCUAAUGUUUUUUUUUUGGAAUUUUCUACCAUCAGAAGGUUUUCAUAGUGACUUUAAUCAGCCAUGGCCUCAGGAAUACUUAGCAUCCAAAUAUUUAACUAAUCAUAUCAAUGAUAGGGUAAGAACUUUGCUUUUGCUUUGCUUUUUUACUUGAUAUUUUAUAUUAUUUUAUGUCAUUUUGCUUUAAAACUAAACAUCCUGUAACACCAUGUGUGUAACUUUCACUUCAUCCUUAAAACUUUAUGUACAAGAUUCUGAAACAGUCAAAUAAACAG